CGGGGAAGGUGUGACAACAUUAAGGUACCAUCGAAUAGCUGCGUAGUUAAUAAAUUAUGUCGGGUUGAUAUAAAACUUAACUCAGAGUAAUUCAUUGAAAUUAAUUUACAUUCGAAACGAGAACAAACAUUUUGGAACACUUGGAUUUUUUUGGUAAUAUUGGAAUGGAGAAACUUCUCAAAUGGAUGCCAUAUUUUUGCUUCAUCAUAACGAUAACACAAUCCCUACCAACACGAAGUACAACAUCAGGUGACGUCAUAGAAGUGCUCGAAUAUUGCGACGUCAUGGCGCUCAAUGACGUCAUCAAAUUGAAAAGUUCGCCAGAUGACAGAGACGUUGGAAUUUUAGACAAUAUGAUAGAUUAUCCGUUAAAUCCUUACAUAGAUAAUGAUAUGGUGCAAAGAUACAUCGACGUAAAGAGACGUAAUGUGUAUGGCGAUGACUAUUCAGAGAAACAUAACGACGAAUAUGAUCUUGCGUUCAAAAAUUGUCUUGAAAAAGUCGUAUCAGAAUCACUCAGAGAGACUCUUUUCAACGUAAACGCCGAAAACGACAAAACACGUAACGAAGACUUCGACAGGUUUGACGUCGACGGAUACGAGAACGGAAAAGAUGACGCCGAAAGAACCGUGAACGUUAAACGUAACAGGAACCGAAUAUCAGCAGCCUUAAAUCCGACCGGGUGGCGUAAACGCCGCAGUGAUUCUACGCAGGAGACGGAAGAUGAUCGCUUUAUGCGCAACGUGCAAGAACUAUUAGAAAAGAGGCAACGCCUUCAAUUUAAUCCCACAGGGUGGUGAAAAGUUGUUUCAAACUAUAACGUUAUCAUUGUUCUUAAAGGGACUUUUCCACGGAUUUUACGUUGCCAACAUUUUUAAGAGUUUGUUCUAAUUGAGUUUAUUUGCUUACUUUCAUGAGCGAAUACGAAACAACAUUGGACAGAUAAGUUGUAUUCAAUUCAGCAUAAUUUUGUAAAUCCAAGACCGAAAUCAGUUAAGUUCAAUAGCGUUGCUGACGUUUUGGCAAAAAAGAGAAUAUUCUUUCAUAUUUUGAAACAAUUGGUAACAAUAAAACUCUGCUUAUUUUUAACUAUGUAAAAGUUUUAACUUUUUUUUUUGUUUCGAACUAUUGUUACAAGUAUUCACAUUUCACAUGAGCUAUUUUGAUCGAUGUCUGACGCUUUGAAACGUGAAUGAGUCCCUUCAAUGUUGGUUUCCUAUAACAGUACAUGCUUAUUAUUGAAAUUGUUUUAAGCUGGUGAAGUAAAUGGACGUGUUAUAAUACCAAACACAUGAACAAUUAUAAACUUUGUACCAUGGCGAUAUUAAAUAUAACGAUCCAAAACAAAAUUAACAUGUUGAGGGAUUAA